UUGACCGGAACGGACGUAUCUUUUCGUUCGCUACUUAGUAUCGGGUCUUCGACUAAUCUGGCGGGCACCCAAGGCUAUAUUUCAAAUUUGUGAAUGAUUUCGGGUGAUUUGUUUGAAACGAAUAACGCGUAAACACAGUGUCACGAUGAGGCUCCACUUUGUGGUCUUUUUGGCGGCCGCGAUUUGUGGUUUUUGUGGGGGUUCUUUGGUGGAACCACCGGGCGUUACCCAGGCCCCUCCACCACCUCCCCCUCUUCCGGCUAACCAAGUGCGACAGCGCAUGCGCAACAACUUCCGAACCCCCGCAAGCUCCACAAUUGCGGCUGCCCCUCUGAGAUGCGAUUACAAGGAGCUGAUGACCAAUCUGCAUGACCGUGUUGGCAUCUUGGUGACCUUGGACGAGGACCAGAGGAAUCGCCUGGAAGUCAUCGAUAAGAAAUUGGAUCAACUGGUGGAAAGCAGUUCAGCUCGUUUGGAAUCAAUGAAAGCUCAGCAAAUGGACUUCCAGCAAAGACUGGACAGCUUCGAGCACAUUCAGCGCCUCUCCAGGAACACUCUGGAUGAACUUAAAGGUGAAACCGAUAAGGUUCAGGGCUCUCGAGAUGUUAGGGAGUCGAAAUACAAGCGUAGAAAUCGCAGUAAAAUGAAUGAUCUCUCCCGCACUGCUCGGGCUGUUCCGCAAUAUCAGAAUGAGGGAAACCAGAAUGAAUCGAACUUGAGUGUCUCGGAUCGCUUGGAUGCUUUGGCAACUUUACUGACCUCCACAGCUCUCAGCGUUAGGUCAGUCCAUGACGAAGUGGCAAAACUCACUCAGGCUAUCAACCGUCAACGGCGUGUAUCGCACAGGAGGCAGGGGCAAGGUCAAGGACCACCGGCACCCUUCUACCCACCCCCUGGCCAGGCCAGUUAUCCUCCUCUCCCUCGACCUCCCACCAGCUGUCUGCAAUCCUACUUGGCUGUUCAGGGAAUCCUUAAGGUCCAACUUACCCCAGAAUCAGAGUCCUUCUACGUGGCCUGCGACGACGAUUGGACGGUGAUCCUGAAUCGAGCUACCGAUGAGACGAACUUUGAACGCGGUUGGCUGGACUACAAGGAUGGUUUUGGAAACUUGGCCGGGGACUUCUUCAUUGGCCUAAACAAACUGCACGCUCUGACCUCAUCCGCCUUGCACGAACUCAGAAUAGUUCUGGAGGACUUCUCGGGCAACGUGGCGUAUGCGGGAUAUUCAACUUUUGCCAUUGGCAGCGAGAAGGAGCUGUAUCCUUUGAGUUUGCUGGGCAGAUUCCUUGAUGAGUUGACUCCUUCGGCAGGGGAUUCCCUCUCUUACCAUGCUGGGGCCAAGUUCAGCACCGUCGAUAGCGAUAACGACAACUGCCUCGACUGCAGUUGCGCCCAGAAGCACAAGGGCGCUGGAUGGUUCAACAAUUGUGGCACCAGCAACUUGCUGGGCCAAUAUUACCAACACAAUUUCGCGCAGGCCGGGGAGACUGGAAUUUUCUGGGACACCUUCCAGGGCAAGGACUACUCGCUGAAGAGAGUUCGCCUGAUGAUCCGCCCGAUCGCCGAGGAGGAGGCCCGAAAGUAGGGACACCCAGGGUAGCUCCACUGCCAACUGCCAUUCGCGAAAUCAGGGAUCACCCAGAGAAUCAAACUAAAAUCGCUUUGAAUUUUAACCUUUAGCUUUAGCCCCUUCUAUGUGCGUGUGUGUGUGUAAUAUUUAUGGAAAAUUACUUAAUACCUAGAUAAUAAAGUAAUGUAAAGUGUA